AUGGAUGACAUAGAAUUAUCAAAUCAAUCCACCAGACACACUGGAAAUACACAAGAUAAAAGUGUGCAUGAGAUGAUCCCCGAGGCUUCAAAGAAAUCGCUCCCGGAUAGACUAAAGUCGAUCAUACCACCGCUACCUCUGUUAAGACCCAUGUUAAAAGGAAGCUUAGCUAUCUUGAUCGCCUUGAUAUUUGUAUUUGUCGAUAGGUUGAGAAAUGCAUUUGGACAAGGCAUCGUUCUGGUGCCUAUUGGAACUGUACUCAAUUUUCCAUUUAGACCUGUUGGUUCCGCAUUAGAGAUUUCGAUACAAAGUUUAUUUAUUUCCCUCGUUGGAUCAGCAUGGAGCGUCUUAGCCAUGUAUUUGGCAAACCUUGCUCGCGAUCCGACCCUACAUUUGCCUGUUCAACCUAAUUCAAGUGCCAUUUUGGCUAUUUUCUUACUGAUCUCUGUAUUUGCCGUAACGUAUCUUCGUGUUAAAAGCCAGCAAGCAUUUCUUGCAAGCAUCUUUGGUAGUAUAAUCCUUGUGUUUUCCAUAACUCAAGCAUCCGUCACACCAGGCUUUCAACCUGCGAUAGUUUAUACAUUUUUAAAACCUAUCGCCAUGUCUACAGCCAUUGCACUUGCUGUCGAUCUGUUGAUAUGGCCAGACGACAGUAUGACAAAGUUCAUGCUUAUGCUUACGAAAUCACUGAGAGAAUACAACGGAUUCUUUGAAGAGCACGCGCAUAAUUUUUUGACAUUGGCCACAGGUGCAUCUGCAACAACACUACCUACCCUUCAUGCUCGACUCCAGGGCACUAUUUUGACACUCAUUGACAGUAAACGAGAGGUUCAACGUGAGAUCAUGUGGAGUCGACUAUCGCAACAGGACGCAAGCACAUUGACGCGAAUCAUAAAGCAGAUGCGCACACCGCUUUACGGUAUUGGUCUCAGCUUGUUGAGCAAAUGCGAUCUUUUAAACAGGGGCGAAUUGGGUCUGAAUGGAGAUGAAGAGAAGGAUACGUUUGUUCAAAAGCUUGCUGAUAUGAGAAAGCUCAGUCAAGAGCUCACGGAUACUUGCGUCGAAGCGCUCUCAGAAUGCAGUGCUCGAUUGAUCAAGUUUGGUGACCAACCAAGGACGUUAAAGAGUACCUUGUUAUGGCCAUUUCCUCGAAUGUUCUUAUGGAAUCGAACAGAACUGAAGGUACCAUCCAAUGACUCUGGGCUGAAGGAACGCUUAGAUAGACUAGUGGAUCGAUACGAACUUGAGAUGAAGCAUGGAACACUCUCGUUUAUAAACUCAAAGACAGAUGUACAGAACCAUUUCAGCAGUCUGUUCCAAAUUAUCUACCUCUUUCAGUUCAAUCUGAUCUCUCACGCCAAGAAUCUACAGGAACUACUCGCAUUCGUUCAAAAUCUCGAAUCGAUACGAACCAGAAAACAACUAUGGUUUCCUCGUAUCGGACUGCGCAAAUGGCUAUCCAAGACUCAACGCGUGGACGCUACCAUGGGCGGCUUGACCGUGAACAAUAUGACGAGCCAGAACGACAUGACCUUAUCACGCACCAUGACGGCACCAAACGAACUGGAGCGACAGGAAGAUCUGGGGCUUUUAGGACAGAAGAACAAAGCAGGCAAAGUGACGUACCCGCGUGAUCCGGAUGUGAAUCCACCUGAGACGGCUUUCGAAAAGUUCUUUUACAGUUUGUAUCAGGUUAUCUUGUGGAUUCAAACUGUCGAAACUGGUUUUGCGAUCAAGACGGCAAGUGGGUUUGUUCUUUUAUCUUUACCUGCGUUUUUGCCUCAGAGUGCUUCCUGGUUCUUUGCCUGGCGAGGACAGUGGGCUACAGUGACGCUGAUGAUGUGGAUGUCACCUCUGGCAGGCAUGUUUCUGUUUGGAACCGUGCUAAGAGUUAUUGGUACUGUCGCAGGAGGCGUCCUGGGUAUUAUUGUUUGGGAAAUUACGCGCGGAAAUCCUUAUGGUCUUUCAGUACUGAUGUUUAUAUUGAUGAUACCACUGUAUUAUUUAUUCUUUACCAACAAGAUGCUGUCUCCUUUGGUUAUUAUGAUUCAAAUUACUUGUAUCUUGGUCAUUUGUUACGAGUAUCAGUAUGUUACGAGCGGAGCUACGGUAUAUGAUUCAGCCGAAGUGGUGGCAGGCAAGCGUAUGUUACUGGUCAGCAUAGGUGUUGCAGCAGCGGCCAUCUUGUCCAUUCUUCCUAAACCUGUGACAGGUCGAGUAGAGCUACGCAAACGGAUAUCUCUGACACUUCAUGACAUUAGUAAGCUGUACGGCAUUCUUGUUGGAGACAUCAUUUCCAACUACGACAACCGUAUCGAGCAAACUCCGCGACUGAAUAAGUCACUACGGAAACUGUUUUUAGAUAUUCGACGACAGGUUGCAGAUGCAAGAAGCCAUCUUCAGUUAUCAAAACUAGAGCCACCAUUAAGAGGCAAGUUUCCGUAUGAUACAUAUGCUGUACUUGUAGAAAAGGUAGACAAUAUGGCAGACUUACUGAUCGGAAUGGCUUAUGCUGUAAAAUCAAUUGAUCGGUCAUGGCAAAGAAAUCUUGUGAGUGCGAUGCGAGAUGAGCGCACAGAAUAUAUGGCCUUUAUCAUGGGACUUAUGAAACUCCUUUCUGCAACAAUGGCGUCUAAAAUAGCACUACCGCCAUUCAUCGUGUCACCUAAUGACAUACGGGAUCGAUUUGGAAAACGACUGGCGUCUGAGAUUGUUCAAUGUCCAGGACGUCUAGAUAAUGCCACGUUCCCCAACUAUUGUGCAUUUACAAUGAACGCCAUCUAUUUUGUGAAUGAACUGUCGGUCGUCUUGGACUGUAUCAAGCAACUUGUGGGCGUAGAAGACCCAGAACAGUGGAUAGUUUUACAUUCUUAA